AAAACAUAUCACCUUCCACCACAAUAGAGCCCGUCAGGAAACCACAGGCAGCCACAUUGCUCUCUUGAGUCACCGAGUACUCGUCGGACAAACUCUCACACUCAUCGGUCGCACACACGCAUGCAACACACUCCACAGACCUGGCAGCCCGCACAGCCCAGCACACUCCAGGAUGACACUGUGCUGAAAACACUGCAAGUUCAAUCUCACUGGUUUGGUAAAAUCUCAAGUGCAACCAUGCCCAUUCUGAAAAAGCUCCCGGGAAGGUCCAAGAGCUGCCAGGAGUUCCCCAGAGUGAACGGUGAACUGAUCCUGCCCCGGCUGGACUUAAAUGAUCUGAAUGACCUGAAGGACCUGAACAGGAACUUAAACCCCUUCGAGGACGUGGACCUGUACGACGAAGAGAAGCACGGCGGCGACAUGGGCCUCAUCAUGGGGGAGGUCAGAGGCAACCUCCAGCUCAGAUCCUGCCGCGACGGAGAAGAGGAGGAGAACGAGGUGAACGCAGAGAGGCACGGGGCCGGAAACCCCAAAGGGAAGCCCCUCAGGGGGACACUGGAGCGCAUCUGUGGAGUGUCGCCCCUCAAAACCCUUGGAAAGCUGGGAAAGGGGCUGCGCAUAUCAGGACGCAGCGUAUGGGGCAACAACUCUCCCUACUACACCCCCGGAAACUCAAACAGUCUCCCACCAGAGAGGGAGAAAAGGAAAGGACUACGCAGGGGCUCCGAAGGAAUUAUGACCCUGCUCCGGAUUACAGGUCGACGCAAGGAGGAGCGCAGAGAAAGCCUGCCCUGCGGGACCCUGAGCACAGAUGGCGAGGCGGAGGCCUCCAGACGGCCCUCCUUCCUCAGGAUGGUCAGUCUGGGCAAGCUGAAGAGGGAGUCCAUGUCAGACAAGGCAUCCCAAGAGGCCGAAGAGGAAACAGAGGAGGAAGAGCCGGCGGUCAAAACCAGAGAGCCCCUCUCAGUGCUGGAGAUCCUACAGUUGGUCAACAACAGGGACCUUCUCCUGGCUGACACACACAUUCAGGAGCUGGAACGAGAGUGCGAGCUGCUGUCUCUCCUUCCGACCGCGGCUGCUUCGACCCUCACUCCUACCCUUAGUCCCAGCACCCCUCCCAGUAUGACCCCCUUAUCAUCCUCACUUUUCGAUGACUCCAUCAGCUCCAACGCAUCAUUGGACUCAGGCCGGCGGAAGGCCAAAGACGUGGAGCUCCUGUACGAGGCCCUGCAGAGGGAGAUGUGGGACGUAGUGCGGGAGUCUCUCCGCCAGCCCAGUGCUGGGCCCAACCUCGGGCUGGUGGUGCUGGUGAUCCAGCAGGAGGAGCAUGCCGAUGCGACCUGGGCCCUGAGAGAGGAGACCAAGCCAGAGCAAAAGGCCCCCCAGAUCCAGCCCGGCCAGCGUCCCCGACGACUCAAGAUGAAGUGGAGGCAGGCCGUGAUGGAGGCGGCGGACUGGAGCCUGCCACACCAGGCGGACACCCAGGCGGGCCAGCUGGCCUCGUACCUGGAGCGCCUGAGGAGUCGGAUGGUGGACGACCUGGAUGCAGCCAGGAGGAAUGCCGUGUCCAUUUACCCGGAGGAGUUUGCUGCCUUCCAGGUGUACGUGGACAGUUACCAUCGAGCCGUGGCCAAACGUCUCCGGACCAUCACCAGGGGGCCUCUGCAAAUCACAGAUGUCUACUCUUUACUGGACUGGUUCUACAACAUCUACAAUAGGGAUGUCCUAGGAACCAUUGGCACAACCGCACCCAUAAACUAUGCUCCACUGGAGCCCAUCCUGCCCCAAGACACAGUGGAGCGUCUGGAACAAGACUGCAUCAGUAUCGUCAGGGAGAAGGUGACCAUAGAGCUGAUUCAGGUUCUGGAUGAAGAGGAGAGGCGAUGGGCCCAGACCCUGCACAUAGAGGAGUAUCAGUCCCACCUAGCACGCUCAGUCAUCCAGAGGUUGAAGGUGGACUUGGACAGAUCUACAUCUGUCAACCAGUUUCUAGGGGCAAGAGUGGCUCGUUGUAGUCUCGUUGGACUGGCUGACUUUCUCAACAAUUUCCAGAGGAAGGCGGAGAUGUUUCAUGAGACCCAGGCAGAAUUUGGAGACAGAGGGGAUGGAUAUGUCUCCAGGACCAUAGCUUUGGUGAACUGCUGCCCUCCUCUCAGAUCCCUAGUGGAGCGCUGCAGGCAGUGUGACCCACAGGGCAGCGAGGAGACGGCGCAGAGAGCCAACUCCUCCCUGGACAGGAUCAUCAACCAGUCAGUAAGGGUGCUGACCGACAGGCUGUUUGAGCACAUCAGGCCUUUCUUUGACAAACUGAUGAAGAGAAAAUGGCUGAACAACACCGAGGCCUUUGAGGCCAUUGAAGCCACCAUUAAACAACACUUCAAGAAGUUCAGAAGGAUGGACUCUCCGCCUUAUCAGACCCUGGUGGGAGAGGUGCACCGGCGGGUCCUGGUGGAGUAUGUCCGAGCCAUCAUGCGGGGACGGGUCAUCUGUACAUCUUCCAAGAUGAGAAAGAGAAUGGCUUUCCGCCUCCAAGAUGAGGCCAAACAGCUGAAAGGACUCUUUAAGGAUCUGGAAUCAAGUUCCUCCUGGUUAGACAGCAUCAUCUGCCACCUAGCUGACAUCAUUCUCCUGGAGGACACUCCAUCUAUCCAGAUGGAGGUGGCUGUCCUGGUGAAAGAGUUUCCAGAUAUACGGAAGAAGCACGUCUCCACCCUGCUGAAUAUAAGAGGGAUGAUGCGGCAAGCCGAGCGCCAGGAGAUCCUCAACAUCGUCAAAGACUUUGAGUGCCGCAGUGGCCUGGUGUGCGGGGACCGUGCCCUCUUCUCCGACAUUCCCAUCACCUCAGAGGUGCACUGCAUCAGCCUGGGCCUCCUCCGCCUCGCCAUGACCGUCUCCAACUGGUUCUCAGAGCACCGUCCCAGGCGGAGCCGCGGGACUAGGGGCAGAGGCACGACGCCUAAACCUGUCGAGGGCCAGAACAUGGAAGACGUGAAUAAACACCACAGAGAGGACUAGCGGCUGGCGUUCGUGUUAAGAGAGCGUUCACAGGCACACACUGUGAAGAUAGCGAUGAGAUGUACAUGCACCUUGACCAGAAACUGAUUGCACCAAAUAUUAUUGCCAGAAACUUGAGCUCAGGUACUGCUCGUACUGUACACACUCACUGACAUUUCUUCAUCACCACAUGUGCAUUUUUUUAAUGUGAAACAGACUGCGCAUCGUAAUAAUCAGAAUGAUUUCUUAUGCUGAUCUACAGAAGCAAACAAGUGGUAUCAAAUAUCCUGAAAAUGUAACUUCUUCAGUCUUUUUUAGCUUUUUAAAAAAGCCCCACAUCAUUGCAAAAAACAACUGCUGUCAGAUGCAAUAUGAUUUAGGCUGUUGUUUAACAUGUAUUUACCCAACCAUAUAUACCCACUCUGGUAUAUAGACCACAUGUAUGCAAGGAUAUAGUGUAUGGACAUGGAAAUGUGUUGAACUCUCACUGUGAAUGAAAUGGAUCUGUUGCUGGAAACAUAAUAAAAACCCAUUGACUGGGUAGACUAAACAGA